AUGAUGAUGCCUUGGACGGUGGUGACGGGAGGACCAAUCAAAUGCGGGCUCAUCACCAGGUCGUGGGAGUCACACGGUUGGUCGGCUGCUUGCUCUUCGCCCCACACGAGCAGAGCUCGACGAUCGAUUGACCAACCCGGACGGGGUGUGGACGGCAAAGAGAUUUCGGCUAGUUUCACGGCACUCGGCAAGCCGGUGGUGUCGCCCACUCCGAACGGGCCUGGCGUCGAGGCUGUAGCCGACCAAAAUUGGUUGCACAACCAGCCACUGACUCGCAAUAGACGUCGACAUGACGGCAAUUUGUGUGAUUUUUCGUUUACAAUUAGGCUUUUUAAACUAUCAAUAAAGCAUAUAUGUUUGAUAUGUACAUCCCAUUUCGUUCAAGGUGAUAAGGGGACUGGCAACUGA